CACGUCCUCUUAGCAACCAGCACGGGAAGUUAGCCAUGAAGGGAGGCCACGAACAGGGGUGAGUCCCUCUGGCCUGGUGGUGAACAAGCUGGUGAAUGAGGCCGGUCCAGGGGCAAACCCCCUGUGGAAGUGACGUGAGGCCGCCUGACAAAGUCCAAGAUACGGGCAGCCCCGGCUCCAGCCAUGUGCUCUGGGACGUGCUCGGGACACCCGUGUUUGCAGCAGUGGGGCUUACGGUACUGGGCGGGCGAGGAUGGGGCCCCUGGAGCUCUAGCAGCAAGUCGCAGAGACACGAAAUCUGACUCCGUCGUGCCGAAUGCGAAACAGGCGCGGGCAGCAGCGGAGGCAGAGAGCGAGGCCCCAGGCCCUCCACCGGACGCUGCUGAAGCAGGGGCUCUCCUGGCACAAGCUGCUGACUCUCCUGGCACAGCUGGGCAGCAACAGGCUUCCCAGGGAUGGGGAGCUGGAGGAACCCCGCCCAACACCGGACAGAAGGGGCAGGGCCCCGGGGGGCUGCAUGAGUGUGCCCCACCCCAGUGGUCAGACCACAGGAGAGGCCACCUCCCACCUCUCAGGAUGGCUCUGACUGUGGAGACAAGAGAUAACAGCCUCUGGGACCGGCCAGCACCCGCCUGUGAGCUGCGGUCCGUAUCGCUGACCACCCAUGAGCUCCAGAUGCAUCCAGAUUCUUCCCCGGGGUGGAGGCAGCCACCAGCCGCCUGCUCCACAUGCCCCUGCCUCUCUCUGGGCUCCUACUUCGACCACGAUGCCUGGGCUCGGGAGGGCGUGGGCCCCUUCUGUGAGCUGGGCGAGGAGAAGCACAAGGGCUCCAAGCUUCCCUUGAAGGGGCUGCACCAUCGUGAUGGGAGAAGCCGUCCCAGGGCGAGUGGGGACAAAGCCUGGAAGCCACAGAAGCUACCUGGUUCUGGACGGAGCCCGAAUGGGGCCCUGUGGGUCUGCGUGCCUGGAUCAGCCUGCACAUACCCAGCUCUGGGACUUCCUGGAUGAGGCAGUGAACCCUUCACCCUACGGGAAGCCGGACGACCCCCUGACCCACCUCGCAGGCCGGCCGGCCCCCAGGCUGGGCUGGGCGAUCGUUUCUUCGACAGGCUCAUCCUCAAGCAGGACCAGGAGCCUCUGGAGCCGCCUUGGGGGCCACUCUGGCAUCCCCCUGGUGCCAGAGCCUGUCCCUGCAGAUGCAAGGCUGCUUUUCCUCCCCUCCCCUGAAGCCCUUUCCCAAGCCACGGACCACAUGGGAACAAUAAAGUUUUCUGCAGAAA